AAGUCAUAGAAAUGCUAACCCAGUUCGACCAGAUGCAGAAUAUCGAGAGCUUCAAAAUAAGCCAAGGUGUGAAGUAUUCAGAUCACAGGAAGCCAGAAUAGCUUUGACAGUUGGGAAAAUUUACUGUGCUACAUUAUGG